ACUCUCUGCUAUUGUUUUGGAAAUUUCACUCGAGACUAAUGCUAUUACGCUAACAGUCAAAAACUGAAGCCCAUCAUUUGGAAUAUAAAAAAGUUACCAUCUUUAUGUAGUUUUUCUUUUGUGAACUUCACAUAAAGAAAAAGAAGAAAAUAUGGGUAGUUGUGUUUCAAAGCAAGGAAGCUUUGGGGGAUUGUCAAAGAAGAAGAAAAGGAGGAUUCUGUGCAGAAGAAAGACCAUUAAAAGGAGGGUUUCUUCUCGCAAGCUUGAAAGUGGGGAAUUUGCUGCUGGUUCUAAGGAUUUUUCUCGUGCUAGUUCUACCGUCCAAGUGACAGGAAGUGCAGACUUGGCAUGGCGUGAUUGCUUUUCAGUAUUUGAAUCUGAAUUGGAUGAAGAUUUUUAUAGCCUCCAUGAUGAGGUAGUAUCUGUGACCGGCUCUGAAAAUGCAUCUGCAUUGAGUGUAUCGUCUCCUAGAGAUUUGAGUCUAAUUAACAAUGUUAAUUCUCAAUCGAGGGCGAAUGAUAAUCAGACUGAGGGGAGUGCUGUGUUUGUGGAUGAUAUUUCUAGUGAAAGUAUUCGUGGGAAUGAAAAGCAAGCUGCGCAUCAUGUCGAACUUCUUCCAAAUACUUGCUUGCCUUGUCUUCAUUCGGCUGCCCCUUCACUUGAGAGAAAAAGAUCGUUUAACCCAAGUACUCUUAGUUCAAAGAAGAAAGCACCUCUGAAACUAUCCUUUAAAUGGAGGGACGGACAUGCCAAUCCGACAUUAGUUUCUCCGAAGGUGGGUUUCCAAAGACCGGUAGCUGGUACCUCAGUCCCACACUGUCCGAAAGAGAAAAGCAUGCCUGAUUGUUGGUCUCCUCUCGAGCCAAAAUCUUUCAAGGUCCGUGGCCAGAACUACUUUAGGGACAAAAAGAAGGAAUUUGCUUCAAACUUUGCAGCAUUUCAUCCCUUUGGAGUUGACCUCUUCUUAUCUCCACGCAAAAUUGAUCACAUUGCUCGUUUUGUGGAACUUCCGGUUUUUAAUUUAUCUGAAGAAAUCCCUGCUAUUCUUGUUGUAAAUAUUCAGAUUCCGUUGUACCCUAUUACAAUCUUUCAAAGUGAAAACGAUGGAGAAGGAAUGAAUUUGGUGUUGUACUUUAAACUAUCAGAAAGUUACUCAAAAGAGCUCCCACUUCAGUUCCGAGAAAAUAUUAUACGGUUUAUCAAUGAUGAGGUAGAGCGAGUUAAAGGAUUCCCCGUAGAUACUAUUGCACCUUUUAGGGAAAGACUGAAAAUGAUUGGUCGAGUGGCAAAUGUUAUGGAUCUUCAUUUAAGCACAGCUGAGAAGAAGCUUAUGAAUGCUUAUAAUGAAAAGCCGGUUCUCUCGCGACCUCAGCAUGAAUUUUACUUGGGCGAGAACUACUUUGAGAUUGAUUUAGAUUUGCAUAGAUUUAGCUACAUAUCUAGAAAAGGUUUCGAGGCGUUUCAGGACAGAUAUAAGUUGUGUAUACUGGAUUUUGGCUUGACAAUUCAGGGAAAUAAACCCGAAGAUUUACCGGAGAACAUGCUAUGCUGCAUACGAUUGAAUCAAAUCAACCACAUUAAUUAUGGUCAACUGCAGUUAUAGGCAAGAACUCUUCUUUUUACUAGGGCAAAUGCUUGAAUGCUGUUUUCACCAUCAACCCAAAGUUGAUCAGCAAUACAAAUAGUUUCUUUAUUAUUUCUUUUAAAGCCUUCCUUCCUCAUUCCAUUACAACCUAGAUUUCGUCUUGAUUUUCAGGUUACAAAUAAAAAAUCUUACAAGUUGUAUCAUCCCAUUUUUACAAUCAGUGUUAAACUUCCAUUUUUUUUUUCUUUUUGGUAUAUAAAUAUUCAGAUAUAAAGUUCUGAUCAAGGUGGAAAGAAAAAGGAAUAAAAGGAAAGACCAUAUGCUAUGCAUAUUUAUUCA